AUGCACUACGUAAGGAGAUGGACCAGGCAAACUCUACGCCUUCAUAGCCGAAAUCGAGCAGGCUGCUCCCCCGAAGCGAUUCUCAACGCCUUCGUUCACACACUUCAAAUGGGAUUCCGAUCCCGAGAGCCAUCUGAAACACUUCAAAACUUCAAGGAGCUGGCUUACGUCUUCACCAAAGAAUACACCUAUUACUGGACAAUUAAGAAGAACCCUGACCACCCGUACAACCUACGCAAGAAGUCCGAUGAAUCCCUUCAAGAUUACAUCAAGAGAUUCAAAGCAGAAAAGGUCAACAUUGUAGGAUGUGACGACCGAAUCGCGUCCUCUGCUUUCAAGAAAGGCCUUCCAGCUGAACACGACUUAUACCGCGAGCUGACUAUCACUCCCAGCCAAAUUAUGGCAGAGGUCUUCGCGAACGUGGAACGCUACGCGCUAUAG